AACUCUGUGAAAGUGCAGUGAUGUGGCCUGUGCUCACAUAGAGGUCUGUUACCCUGCAGUGAGCAUUUGUAGAUGAUGGGGAGUGUUCAGCUUUCAUAUUUACGACUUUUAAAUCUUUUUAUAGCUGCUUUAUUGGAAUGCGGAGCUCAAAGACCCUGUGAACAGCCUCAUCAGUUGAACAUAAGCCGUGUUCAGCGUGACAGCAUGUCCAUUUCUUGUUUAACCACAACCCACCUGCUGGAAACUCUAACAGUGAAACUACGCAAGAAUAACCCAGUUAAAGACAUCUUGAUCUCGCCAGCAUCAGAGCACCAGAAAUGGUCUGUGAGUAAACAUGCUGGUAAUAUCAGACUUAAUCUGAAAGACAUCCAACAAACAGAUGAAGGCCUUUAUGACUGUGAGGUCUACAAAGAUCAAGACUGCCUUAACGCAACUCGAUUUACCCUGACAGUCAAAGACUGUACAAAAAUGAAGUCUGUCACUGCAGUAUCAGGCUCUGCAGUGCUGCUGCCAUGCUCUGAACAUCCUCAACGAAACACAACUGAUAAAGUCACUUGGAAAGUCAUUGAAGGUCACGGGUCAACAGAUAUAACAAAAUAUCGCUCAUCAUCCACAACCUCAAACAGCACAGAAAAACUCUCAAACCCUCUGUUUGAGAGAGCGAGACAACUAGAGAAUGGUUCUCUGUUUAUUAGAGAUUCAGUAAAGGCUGAUGAUCUGUGGUAUCGAUGCAGAGUGAAUGAAAAAACCUGCUAUGAAGUGAAGCUGGUAAUCAAAGUGGCGAUGAGGAGACCCUGUGAAAAGCUUCAUGAGUUGAACAUAAGCUGUGUUCAGCAUAGCAACAUGUAUGUUUCUUGUUUAACCACAACACACCCGCUGGAGUCUCUAAUGGUGAAACUACGCAAGAAUAACCCGGUUAAAGACAUCCUGAUCUAUCCUGACAUCUCUCCAGCAUCAGAGCACCAGAGAUGGUCUGUGAGGAAACAUGCUGGAAAUGUUACACUUGGUCUGAAAGACGUCAGAUUAUCAGAUGAAGGCCUUUAUGAGUGUCAGGUUUACAAAGAUCAGGACUGCCUUAACGCAACUCGAUUUAUCCUGACAGUCAAAGGUGAGAAUAAUAUUUCUGAAACAAUCAAAUGAUCCCAAUUAUUUCAUUUAGUUUCUCUGUUUUCAGAGUGUAAAACGUUAGAUCCUGUCUCUGCAGUAUCAGGCUCUGCUGUGCUGCUGCCAUGCUCUGAACAUCCUCAACAAAACACAGCUGAUCAAGUCACUUGGAAAGUCAUUGAAGGUCACGAGUCAACAGAUAUAACACAAUAUUACUCUCUAUCCAAGACCUCAAGCAGCACAGAGAAACUCUCAAAGCCUCUGUAUGAGAGAGCGAAACGACUAGAAAAUGGAUCUCUGCUUAUAAGAGAUGCAGUAAAAGCUGAUGAACAGUGGUACCAGUGCAGAGUGAAUGAGAAAACCUGCUGUAAAGUGAAGCUGCUGAUCA